AUGCUCUGGAGUAAAAGGAUUCGAACCUUUGCAUGCCGGUACCAAAAACCGAUGCCUUACCACUUGGCUAUACUCCAAACGGUCGGUUCCUGGGGAGAGGGGGAAGGGAGAAGCAGGGCUCGAAGAAAACGAGCCGUGCAAGGACGCGGGGAUAUAGCAAGUAAGCUGCAAGGUUUUCCCUUUAGGACCGACUACAACAAGCUCGCGACUCUAAUAGAAACUAAGGGUCAGCUCUCUGCUCUAUUUGCUUGCAAUGCGUUGCCUAUCAAAGUCGGCGAACGCUUCCACCCCCUCUUGCCCUUGUUACGCAACACGCCAACAAAGAACCUUGGUUCCGUUGCGCCCUGUACUGUAUUCCGAGGCGACCAUUUCGCGCGGUUCGAUCCAUUUCCCGAUCCGAAAAAUCCGAUAACGUACCUAUAUGAGUGGGAUGGAUGGUAA